UCUCGCCACUCACUUUCCGCCGUCGGUUCAGUUCGGUUCGACGAACGUUUGCGAAACCAUCAUCAACGGUGCUCCGAGCUCGUAGAAGCUGAAGUCGUGUGCAGUAAGCAGAGAAAUCAAAAAGUGUAGGAAGAGUUUUGUUUUGAUAUCUUCAAAUUGUGAGUUGAACUCUGAGGAACAAGUGGAAAGCUCCGUUUUUUGUGGUUAAAGAGGAAGAAAAUAGUAAACACUGCCGUUGUCGUUGACCGAUUAAGGCGCCAUUUGCUGUGACCAUCAGGUUUUUGUUGACCAAAGGGGUGGUCGUCAGAAAUAACUCAACCAAGUUGUGUGUUUUUACUACACUUCCCGCUCGUAGUAAGAGACAGAGAAAGAGAGAGGUUGAAUCACCACGGCGACAGAGUUGUACUCGGAAGGAAUUUGCCGUAACACGAUACUUCAUUCAGAACUGUAAGCUCCGACGAAGUCCCACAAGUUCCCAAAAAAGGCACGUUGCCCAGUCCCACGUUGGCUUCAUCACCCCGGUUGUCCCGAUAGCCCCCGCCGCCAAAACGUACUCCCUCAGGAUGGAUGUGUACUACAUGAGCGAUAGUAUCCAGUAUGGGUCCUUCCGGAAUCCGCUGUACCGGGACUACGAAAAGUUCCCCUACGGCACGCUGGAGAACACGCUGAACAGUCCGCCAAAGAGUGGUGGAGGAAUUCAACAGCAGCGGAACCAGACGUCGUCGACGGUUGCUGGACAAGGCAAGUCCAAGGGCAAAUCCUCGAAGGACUCGUGCCCGUUCUGCAAGGAGCAGAAGAAGCGCCCCCUGGGAGCCUACAUGCGCAAACGGGGCCAACGGAUCACCACCGAAAGUAUCUCCGAGGACGUCGCCGAGGAGGACGAAGGGGCCGAGUUGCGGGACGACUUUGGGGAGGGUGCGUCCUCCUCGUCCUGCUCGUCGUCCCCGUCGGGCAGUCCCAGCGCGGCGGAGCUGGCCACCGGAGAGCAGCAGCACAACCAUCACCACCAUCGGCACGAGUCCGGUGGCUAUGGCCGGCAGCAGUCCCAGGACAGUGGCUGCGAGGCCAAGUGAGAGAUUCGGUUUUUUUCUUUAAAUUCAUCGUGGUUUACACAAAAUCAAAAUAUUUAGUAGCGUUAAGGAUCUAGAAGUAAGACCUCCCCCUCCCCUUUAAAAGAAAAGUGAAAGGAUUAAGGAGAGCCACUACGAAUUGCUAAUCUCCAAGAGAUGCUUAAGGAAAGCUUCAACGGCUUAAAGUGAUUGAAGCGAAAGGCAGUUGAACGAAACAGUUUCGUUGAAUAGAAAAUCGGAGCGUAGGAUUGGCUUUGCAGAGAAAUGAAAUAAAAAACCCAAUCGUUGAAAACAAGACUGAUAUCUUCAAAGAAGAAAAGAAGCGAAAGAGAGAGAGAGAGAACGUAGUAGCAGCACCUUUCGUCUUUUCAACCAUAAUACACAAAUCAGAAUCAACAUUCAUCAAUGCAACUCAAACUAAGUCGUGGUUUCUUUUGAGAAUUGAAAACACACAAAACGAACAAAGAAUCGUUGAGAGAAAGAAAAAAAAUACUGCUUCAGAACGCAUUUCUUGUUAGUCAGUUACGCUUAACUGUUUUUUGGUUUUGAUGUUUUUUUGAGAAGCGAACAAAAUAACAAGCUAAUUCAAAGUGGCUGCCUUCGGUCAAGUUGUGUUUUCUUUACUUUUUUUACUACAUAUUUACCUUAUACAUGAAUAUUAAAAAAUCAAUCAUACAAAUGAAACAAGUAUAUAUUAUACCACACCCCUCCCCUUCUGUGUGAGGAUUGUAUUCGUUGUAUUGUUAGUGAAACUAACUCUAGCUAAACUAAGAUAGCGCUUAGAACUGUGCUGCACCAAUUGUUCAAACAUUGUUUUUGGAUGCAUAUACUUAUUGGAAUAAAAGCAGCAUUAUAUUAUUAUGA